CCGCCUCCCAUACGCCCACUCCCCCCCCGCCCACUCCCCAGCAGCCAGGUUGGGCCCACGCUCUUUGGUAGAGAGUCAGCCUGCCAAUCCAACAGGGUAUCAUCUUUACCAUGUUGGUAAGUGCCGUCUGCCUGGCUGCUGGUUUCUGGCGGAACUUCGACCAUCCCACGGUUGCGGGCGGGCGCCUUUACAACUACCCCGGCCCGGCCUUCUGGCUUUGUGCCGCCUUGUUCUUGCUCCCCGGGCUUAUCGCCGCCUGAAACAGGGUGCCAAACCCUGAGGUGCGGUCGAGGCUCUGGCUUGGGGUGGCGGUGGUCGCGCUGUAGCGUGCCUGGCGUACGCACGCCCCAUGGACUCUCUUCUUAACUUGACUCGUCUUCGUCCUCGUCACUCGUCUUAGUUCUCUUCCUCUCUUCUUGUAAGGCUGCCCGACAUAGGUCGACACGCCCGUAUUCGUCACCCUGACUUUCUUCCACCCGUCUCCUCUUCUCUAUUGUCUUUAGCCUUUCUGUACGCUUCGCUGGUCGACCCGUACCCUUAUUCGCUUCGUGUCGUAGACGUUCCUCGUAGUCGUCCCGUCUAUCGUCACGUCACUUAUUCAUGUAUAUAAGAAAGGCUGGGUGUUGGGAAAGAGACCCAUAACCAUCUCUUCUCUCCCCUCCUCUUCUUCCUUUACCUCAACUACUACUUUCAAGACCACAUCCAAGCGCAUCCGUGUCUUCCUCUUCAAGUACUUGGACUAAACCAUCGAUUUCACGUGGUGGCACUUCCGGCUGUCACCCCCAGAGCAGACCGGGUCACCACACGCGCGGCUUGUGGGUUUCGUCGCCACGGUGGCCAACUUCGUCCACUACAAGUACUAGUACAGUGGAUUGAGUUGUUCCGCCGUGCUGGCGAUUGUCUGGAAGCAGUUGGGAUAGGGUCAUGCACGUGUUGAGGACGGGACAGCUGCAGCCUCUUUCUCUCGCGUACACCAUCAUCUCAAGCAGAGCUCACCAGAAAUGCAUACCCGCACCCCUGA